AUGGCCACUGCUCAGCUGCCGGCAUGGGUCACCUCAGAUGCGAAGCUGGUAUACGUAGCUUUCCAGCAUCUUGCCAUGCAGUGGGACUUUGCGUCAAUGUACCGAGCACGAGCCAAGUUGAACAUCGUCAAGAUGGAUGAUUUGUUUCGUUCCAUGGUGGGAGUCGAGAUGUCACCGCUCAUGAAGCUGACAGUCGAAACGUCCACAGAUCCCGAGGUUACCAUUGUUUUCGCUCGAGACGGCAAGUCCGAAAUGCAAGUCCCCUUCAGUCAGAUUCUCGGGGAGAAGAGUCCUCUGAAGCUUCCGGAGCUUCCAGAUCUUGAACUCCUGGAGGACGAGACGGAGAAGUUCUUCGACUCGAUGGAAGGCACAUGGUUCGGCAACAUGCAGAACCUCGACCCGAAGGUGGCUUUGGGUUCCGACAAAGGCAAGUUUUCUUUCGAAGGGCCUGCCGCGCCUCCCUUGAUGGAAGUCAUGAGCAGCCCAGAGAUGGAUGAAGCUCCGCAGCGGAGGAAGAAGGAGGGCAAGAAACCCAAGGAAGCGAAAGAACUCCAGGACUCGCCACCUACGGAAAGAAAGAGGCGCAAAGAAGCCAAGGCAAAAGACGAUGGCAAAGUUGCCAAAAAGCAAAAGACAAAGGACAAAGAUAAAUAG